AAGCUCCAAAUUGCACCUUAUCACCAGAUGUUGAUGGGGAACAAACUAUACCCAAGAUGGAAGAAACAUAUGAAGAUGAUGGUUUUAUUGAAACUGUGGACGAUUAUCCAUCAUGCCCAAAAACAAGGAAGAAAUCUCCAAUAGAACCACAGCCUCACAAGAAAAGCAGAACAUGUUCAAUUAGUAAAGCAGAAAGCAAAAUCAAAGAUGUUUGUGGGGCAUCUAGGACUCGAAAGUUCCUAGUUCGAGGAACUGAGGUUCCUAGGAGGAUUGAUCCAGUUGCGGCAACUAGAAAAGAUAUAGCUCUUCAGAGAGCUAAGGCAUUCAAGUCCGAAUACCCCUUUUGUUGGGUUCUUAUGCAUCACUCGUAUAUCCAUAGAAGUUAUUUGCGUUUGCCAGCCAAAUUUUCCAAGGAACACAUUAACUGGACUCAUGACAACAUCGUACUUCAUGUUCCAAAUGGAAGAACUUGGCCUGUCAAAUUAGGGCAAGAUGCCAGAGGAAGAGUAAUAUUCCUGAGUGGUUGGACAACAUUUGUGCAAGACAAUAAUUUGGAAGUUGGUGAUGUGUGUGUCUUUGAGUUGAUUAACGACGUCAAACCUUUAUUUGAUGUUGUCUUGUUUUGCGCUACAAAAGCUGCAAAUUGUACCUUGUCACCAGCUGAUGAUGAUUUUGGCUAUGAUUCUGGUGAUAAUUCUAUUGAAAUCCUAGAUGAUUUUCCACCCGUCCCAAGAAAAACAAGAGAGAAACCUCCACAUAUAUCUCUUGAAAGAGCUGUUGAGAGAGCAAACUCUUUCGCAUCUAAAUACCCCUUUUUCAAGAUUGCUAUGCAUGCCACUUAUAUCCAUGGGCAUCAUAUGCAAAUUCUGCCACCAUUUAUCGUGCAUUUUAAUGGAAAUGUACCUCAGCAGUCCCGUCUUCGGACCUCAGCUGGAACUUGGGCUGUUAAUGUGAAGAAGGUUAAUGACAAGUAUUUUUUCCAAAAGGGUUGGAAGAAAUUUGUCCAUGACCAUGGUUUAAAGCUUUGUGAGUUUCUAGUCUUUGGUUACGCUGGAAAUUUGGGAUUCUAUGUUGACAUUUAUGGAAGAGAUGGCUGCAAAAACAAGUUGGUAACAGCCAUUAGGGAAAGGGGCCGCAGACCUCAUGAAGAGGGACAUGGUAAUGUAAUUCACAGAAGAAGCCCAAGACAUCAUGGAAAACAGAAUUUGCCUUCAAUUGAUCCCAUCAAAUAUGAAGCAACCGAUACUGAAUCUGAAACAUCAAUGCAUCCAUUGGCUACAAGUACUGGAAAAACUAUUCCUCUUCAGAGAAACAAUAGCUUCAACUCUGAAAAACCAUUUUUCAAGAUUGCAAUUCAGAACUCGUACAUCCGUAGAGGUUAUAUGCUGUCUUUUACCGCAAGACAGAAGCUUCAAGUUGCACCUCGUCACCAGGCAAGUAACCUGCAAUCAGGCCGGAGGAUCAAUUCAAGUCAGGUGAUUAAAAGAGAAGCCUCAUUCAUAGAUGAAGCUCUCAUGAUGUGCUUCUUCUCCGAAAGAAGGCAGUGGACGUCUCCAAAUUUAAAGAAGUACAAACAUAAUUAA